AUGAGAGAGGACUUCAGGGCCAUGAGGAAAGAGCUAAGGGAGGGCUUCAAGGAGCAGGGUAGGAGGAUGAGAGAAGAGAUAGAGGAACUAAGAAGAGAGUUAGGGGAUCAGGAGAAGAGAUGGAGAGAGGAGAGGGAAGAGAUGAAAAAGCAGAAGGAGAAAGUAGAAGAAAGGUUAAAAAGAUUGGAGGAGAAAAUAGAAGAGAGAAAGGAGGAGAAAAAGGAGGAGGUAAGAAACGGAAAAGAAAAGGUGAAGGAGAGAAUGAAAGAGCUGGAGAGAAGGCUGGAAAGGAAAGAGAAAGAGGAGAGAAGAAGAAAUAUAGUGAUAAGGGGGCUGGAAGUAAGAAAAAGAGGGAGGAGGGAGGAGGCAGAAAAGUUAUUGAAAGAAAUAGGAGCUAAGAUAAAGGCAAUAGAGGUGAAGAGAAUAGGAGGAGAUGCAGAAAAAGGAAGGGAAAUGGUGCUGAUAAAACUGGAGAACGAAAAACAAAAGUGGGAGGUGAUGGAGAAAAAGAAGAGUCUGAGGGGUAGAAAGAAGAGAAUCAUGGAGGAUUUGACAUGGGAGGAAAGAAGGGUGAAUUGGAAAUUGCGAGAGAUAGCGAGAAGGGAGCAAAGAGAGGGAAAGGGGGCGUGGAUUAAAGCAGGGAGAAUAGGAUGA